AUGGCAGAAAAUAAGAAAAGGACACUCAGUAUAGAGUUAGGAUACUUGGAAGAAUGUGCUGCAUGGAAAUUAGAAAGUAGAUUCUUUCCUAGUAAAGUAGGUGGGAAACCAGCAUGGUUAGACCUGUGUCAUCUACCAAAUAGUAUUCUCUGUGGAACUGAACAUGAAGACAAAGAAAGUGAAGAGAGACGAGAUGUUCUAGUGCCACAGUUUGAAAUUGUGAUAGAAGCUGAAGAUUGCUUACAAGAAGAAGAGGUGUCCAAUGAUUUGAAAACAGAAGAAGAAAAGUUAAAAGCAUUUGAGAAAAUGGUUCAAGAAGGCAAGGCAGGAACAUUACAAGGUGAUACUUCAUUUGAUGAACUGCAGAAGACAACAUCACCUGAAGACAGACAGUUUUCAAAGUUCAAUUCAAGAAUAAGAAGAAAUCCUGAUCAAGUGUUGCGAUAUGACAGAGGUGGGACGCCUCUGUGGAUAUCUUCAGACCACACCCCAAAUGAGGAUGACAUUCCUUGUUGCGAGUACUGUGGACAACAUCGUCGGUUUGAAUUUCAGAUUCUGCCUCAACUGCUGAAUUAUCUGGGACUUGACAGCACAGAGAAGAGUGUGGAUUGGGGAACACUGGCAAUUUAUACUUGCUCUCAAAGCUGUAAUGAAGGUCCAGCAUAUAAACGAGAGUUUCUCUGGAAGCAAGAUAUUGUAUAAUGAAAGAUUCCUUGGGGCAUCAUAUUUGAUUA